AUGGGACCUCGUGGCGCCGGACGACGCCUGAAUGACCAGGAGCGGAUGGAGAUUCUAGAAAUAAUUCAACGGGAGGCUAAAGUUAAAAAUGUGGAUUUGGCUAAGCGCUAUGGUGUGUCAGAAGGCGCUAUACGUAAGCUCAAACAGAUGAAAGACACUAUUCGCAGUCGCUAUUUUAUGGGUAACGAGCAUAAUCGAGACAAACGCAAGCGUGGUGGUUUUAAGCGCAAUGCGCCGUUUGAAGACGAACUUUAUCAGUGGAUUGUGCGUAUGCGUGAAUCGCAGCCUUACCAACUCAUGCCGCUCACACAGACUGCAGUUCGUCAGCAAGCUAUAAUUCUCUCUAAAAACUACGAAAAGAUGGCCAACUUUAAGGCUUCACCUGGCUGGUUUACACGAUUUUGCUCUCGACACCGACUGGAUUCAAUUGUUGCCGGUGGAGCAGGAAUCACAGAUGACUCCAGCUUGGCUGUAACAUCAACUCCAGUCGAUGUCUCGCUCUCUUCAGCAGGAGUGCCGCAAUCGGUAACUGCGCCACCUGCCGUUUCUAUGCCCAUGGCUACAAACUCGACUGAUGAGACAACUUUUUUAAUGGAUACACUCACGGCUACGCCCGUGACAUCGUCGCAGGCGCUGGAAGUCAUCAACUCUACUCCAGUUAUAGCUUCUGAUGCAGACGAAUGCAAGACGGACGCACCGUCAAUCAAUGAGCAAGUACAACAGGCUGCUCGCCAGCACAAUGAAGCCGCAUUGCGAGCUGCUGCAGUCAAAAUUGGCGAGGUACAGCUCUCGGCAGAAGAUCAAACAUCAAAGUCUCACUCAGAAACUUCGGAAGAGGGGAAGGUAAAGGUCGAAGAUGUCGAUACUGAUGAGGAAAACGAGGAGAAGUUAGAAAAUACUACUGCUCACUCCAACGUGGGCGACGAGAUCUUUAGCCUUGGACUAUAG